CAUCUCUCUCUCACUCUCGCACUCGUUCACGAACGUCCGCCUCUCGCGUCCCUUGCUAAGCUCGCUCCGCACUUGUUGUCGAAGCGUUCUCCAGUCACACCAACACACCGUCUUUUACGUGUGUGUGUGUCUCUCGGUCUCUGUCUGUUCUUUCAGUCGGACCGACCCCGUACCCCUUCUCUUUGAGCGCCUGCGCCGCCAAAGCGAAGAACACCUUCUUUCUCCCCACGACUCUGCACUUGAGCAAGCUCGUUCGGUCUCAACCUCUCCCGAUCACUAUGCCUCGCAAGACGGAUUGUCUGGUACCCCGUCGGUACCUUCUGGCUGCUGCCCCGGUCACGGGCUCGUUCAUGAGCUCGGGCAAACUUCAACCCCCAAACCAAGCAACCCCGCCGCUCGUGAGAAAGGACUACUGUACGGCCCCCCUGUGGUCAGUAGUUAAUUGAUCAAGAGAAGACACCACAAGCAAGCAAGAGACAGAGAACCCGGAAGACCGCAACUUCCCCGCUCGCUUCAAGCCGCACACCUCUGGACUCUCGGCACGCACACACUAUCUUUAUCGCUGCGUGCGCCCUCGCCUUCACCUCAACAUGAGCAUCCCGCAUCGUCUCACUGACGAAGAUGCCGUGAAGGCCCUUUCGGCUGCUGCCGCUUCGACGGCGGCGGCAUCGCCCGGCGACAUUGCCCGGGCCCAGGCUGCGGCCGCCGCCCUGCCGGACCCUGUGCCGGCCGGCGAGCCGUACGACCGCACCAUCGGCGCGCUGAAGGGCGUCGCCGCCUUUAUCGCCAAGACCUACGCCAUGGUCUCCGACUCGGUCUGCGACCACAUCAUCACCUGGCUGCCCGAGGGCACUUCGUUCAUCGUCGUCGACGCCGACGGCCUCACUGACUCGGUCCUCGGCACCUUUUUCAAGCACUCGAACUUCCAGUCCUUUAUCCGCCAGCUCAACAUGUACGGCUUUCGUAAGGUCGGCGCACCCUCGCACUGGGAGUUCUACCACGACGGCUUCCGCCGCGGACGCACUUCACUGCUGCGCUACAUCAAGCGCCGCCGCAAGGGCGCCGCCGCCGCCGCAUCGGCCAAGGCCUCGGCCUCGGCCACCGCCCCCGCGCCUCCGCCCGCCUUUCAGCGCGAGCUCAAGGGCCUCAAGCGCCAGCGCGACGAGCUCCAGCACGAGCUCGUCUCGCUGGCAUCGGCCCAGGAGGCCAUGGACACCCAGCUCGCCGCCAUCGCCGCCGAGAACGCUCGCCUCCGCGACGAGCUCGCUGCCUCGCACCGCGCCCACCAGGCCAUGGUCGACACCGUCUCCUCCAUCGUCUCGCUCCUCGGCGACAAGGCCGCACCGGCGUCGGCCACCCUCCGCGCCGCGCUCCCGCCGCUCCCGCUUGACUUUGACGACGCCGACCUGCGCCCGGCCAAGCGCGCCCGCGGCCUCGAAUCGGCCGCCCUCGCGCCGGCGUCCUCGCUCGGCACGCCCACCCUUGCGCCAGCCGCCUUGGACCUGCCGCUCCCCGCCGCGCCCGCGCCCUCGCGCGCCCGCCCAUCCCUUGACAUCGAUGCCGCGCUCGCCACCCCUGUCGGCCCCGGCCUCGACAUCGCCCUCCGCUCCCCGCUCUUUGGCCUCACCCCGUCGGCGGGCCUCAUGCCCAUGGGCCUCUCGCCGCUUGCGGCGUCGGGCACCUCGGCCGCCGCUGACUUUUCGGCCUUUCUCUCUGACAUGCUUGCCCUGCCGCCUGCGGUGUAAGCAAACCAUUGGACUACCCGCGUUGUCCGCGUCCGCGCCCAGCCCGUGCCUUGUCCGCAGGCACCACGUCUUCGUGUCGUGGCAAGCCAGCGUGCAGAUUGUUUCCGCUUCCAACCCAGGAUGGCAGCAAGCCAUGAAAAGACCUGUGGUUAAGGACCGAGCUCCAGCUCCCUGGAACAUCUCGCAACAACGCAAGCACGGCGCUGCGUCGCUGUUCGCACCUUCGCGACGCAUCCAACCCCGUCCGCGUGUGGCCUCCCGGCCGCGCCUCUGCCGUCUCCGUGGCAUACGCCCAACGGCUUGCAGAUCGUCUGUGCUGUGACCAGCUGCCUCCGCCAUCUCGUGCAUUUUGUAUCUCUGCAGAAGCUGAGGAAGGCGGAACUGCAGCAUACCGCAAGCACCAGCCUCGUCGCUCCUGACGACUCGCAACAAGGCGUGUCUCCGCGCCGCCGCACGCGCCCCCCUUUCAUCCGUCAACUUUGUCCGCGCCUCCGCCAACCGGCUCCACGCCUGGCUCCACCCUUGACUAUUGCAAUCUCGGCUAGCAUGGCUUUCGCCUGAUUCCGUCGUGGAUGGGAUCAGGGGAUCGCAGUGAGCUCGUCGAGCCAGUUGCCUUUUUUUCUCUGGUGCCUGCCUUUUAGUGGAGCCGCCCGAGCGCCCUCACUUUUGACUCUCCCUCCUGGCCUCUUGCCGGAGGUAGGUGCCAUCUCGCGUCCCCGCCCGAGCCGUAUCAGCACCAGGCGCUUGCAGCAACUCUGCAACGCCUGCGUGCGGGAUCUGUGCCUUGUGCAUCCGUGACGAACGUAAGAACGAGAUGGCACCUGCCCCCUGCAUCGGGUCGGGCGUCGCUGAGAUUUUGAUACCCCGUCGUCGGUCCGCCCGCCCGCCCGUCGUCAUCCAGCCCCGCGGUGCGUCCGAGGAGUCAUUGGUUUGGCCAAGGUCUCCUCAAACGCUGCCGUGUGCCACUACUGGGUUUCUUGGUGUUUGACGCCAAGAAAGCCCGAGCCUCGUGCUCCAGCAGUGAGCAACAAGUGCUGCUGUCGACAGGCGGCGUGGACGGCAGGCCACGCCCGAGGUGCCUUCCGCUCUCCUGUACCCAUUGAACACCUCCUCGCGACCAA